AUGGCAGAGGUGAGCAGCUUGGAAAGCCUCCAAGCUCUCUAUGCGGAUCUACUCGCCCUCUCAGAGUCACGUCUAUCGAGCAUCGAGCGAUUGGGCGCGCAGCUUGAUGCGCACAUCAGAGACUUCAAAAAUCUGCUGGACAAGAAACCGCGGAGUGAGCAAAGUCGGCAGAGCUUGGCAACAGGGAAGCUCGAUAUUGAUGGGGACCAGUACACAAUCAACGAUGACUUCCAGCAAGGUGCAUUACAGCUCGCAAACGAUUUGAAUCUAGAUGAGCUCGAUGCCGCGCGGAUAUUCUUUGAAGUUCAAGAUGAGACGGAAUCUUCAGGACGAUCGGCAAUUACGAACUCGAUCGUGCGCUAUCACCAGCGGCGAAAGACCUUGCUCGACUGCCUUCAGCUACUCAUACAGUUAUCCGCAGACGAAGAACAGGACGAGGCUCUACGGGCAGAUUUACAGGCUAUCGUAGCCCAAAUAACACAGCCAGAAAACGGCUCAACAAGAUAUACGCAGAGAUGUCUAUCCGGUAUGGAAGAUAUCAAAAACGAACUGCAGGCCCUUUUGGACAGUCUGAACCGGGUGGCACUGAUGGGUCCUGAGCAACAAGCAGAAGCCAGAGAGACUAUCGAAUACCAGCGAGUUAGUCUCGUAAAGCAGCAUGAGACCUUAGGUCUCAUGAUGCUGUACUUGGUAAAGGAGAACCACUCCGUUGAAGCCGAUUUUGAAAAAGUUCUGAAUACCCUCAGACAAGCCGACAAAUACGAUAAUUUGCUCUUACACUAUUUUCCGGCUCUUUCGGCCUUCAUCUCAGGUCUUGGGGGUGCGGAGGGUAUAAAUGUACUAGCAGAUGCGAGAGCGUUGAACGACAAGAUAUUCGCACGGGUGGAUGACAAAAAUGCGUGGGCAUUGUCAUAUGUCCACGCUGCGUUCCGAGUAUUCUGGCUGGCUGAGUAUAGUAGCUGGUACACAGAGAAUUCCGACGGGAGUAUCCCAGACAACCAAUUGGAAGACGAGGCCAGGCAGCGAUCUAAGCAAUUCUACGAUGCUUUGAAGGACGGGGCUUUCGAUUUUAUCCUGUCUAUCUCUGCGGAUGUCAAAGCUGCUGAAUGGCAUGACCCAGCGCGACAUGGUUUGCGCCAGUGGCUACAGCGUAAGGCACCGAUCAUUGUGGCAGACUCUGUUCCAUUUUCUCAGACAUUCCAAGAAGCCCAAAUGGAACAGCUCGAGGGGUUCAUCGAAGCUUUCAUCACAAAUCUCCCAGAUGUACUGAGAAAGCUCCGUGUCGAUGAAGACGAACAGCGCCAGCUGAGUAUGGAGCAUGAGCAUGAUCUUGAUCUAGAAAAGUUCAUUGUGAUCAUAUCUUACGCUUUCGAGGGACGACCGAAGGCAGCUUAUGGUGGCUUCUGGGAUGUUCCUGAUGGGGCGCUCCUCGGUUUUGUUCACUGGGCUUCCAAGCGAGCAUCAACGCCCCUAGUCAGUGCUUUUUGUGAAAUGCUUCAAGCUAUCUCUGAAGACGAAGACUGUGCGACAGCCGCACAUCACUUUUUGAUGGAUGAUGGGACACAAUCAUCUGGCAAAAUGAGAAGAACCCACUCUUUGACUUGGAACCAAAUUUUCAAAGAGCUUACUUUUUUUUCCUCCAAAAUCCGCGACCGCCCAGCUUUACCGCAACCGCAAGCUUUCCGCACCGGAAAGCCUAACAGUGAUCUUGCGGAGGCAGAACCGGAAUCGGCAAUGAUGCUGGAAUGCUACUUAAGGCUCAUUACCCGACUUUGCUCCGAAAGUGAACCAGCUCGAGCAUUCUUAGCCCAGCAUCCAACGUUCCAUAUCGUCGACUUGCUUUUCCAACUUGCUAGCAGUGCAAUUCAACCUCGGCUCAGAGCAUGCGCUUUUACUACUCUGCGGUCACUUCUUAGCCACAAAACGAGAGAAGUAGGGGAGUAUCUCUGGGCGGCUCUUGACGUUUGGAUGGCUGGCGGGUAUUUUUCAGGGUCAACGGCGCCUAAAGCCCCGGCCAUCGCACCAACCCCGUAUUCUAUGGACAGAAUUCUCAGAGGGUUGGCAUCCGGGUUCGAAGAACCAAACGCAUUUGUCCAGCUUCUCCAUGCUCUCGUGCUACCGUAUGAAAACGAUGUUGGUCUCCGCGAUGGUUUACCUUUCCCAGAGACUUUGGGGAUCUCAACUCGCCAGCCGGGUAUCGAACCCUAUGUCGAUUUCGUACUAGGAACGAUAUUUGCCGAUCGAGCCUUGGAGCUGGGUGAGGUCGUCCAAGCAAGGUUGCUAUACCUUACCUGUCUGGACUUCAUCGCUACAUGCCUUGAUACUUUCAACGAGGAUCUGGUCAUCUUUGCCAGCCAUUCAAAUGUCUCUGUCGAUUCAGCUAUUCAGGCGUCCACGCUUCAGAGCUACGUCCUCCUUCACCCUUUUUCAAGGGUGAUGGAAUGGGUUUUCAAUGACAAAGUUAUGGCUGCGAUAUUCUCUACAGUCCGUCAGGACCCGGCAGAUGUCGCAUGUGCUGCACCAGAUUCACCUUUGAUAUUGUGCCUCUUGCGUGGCCUCCAUGUUAUCACGGCAAUUCUAGAACUUCAGCCUACCUAUCUGGAUAUAAUCAGGCCACUUAUGAAAUCCCUACCAAAUUACCGAAGAGCUGCGGUCCCAAACGCUGCAUAUGGAUGUUUCGAGGAUGGUGUCCUCAACAAUCUUUCCAUCAUCUCUGAUCUGGGUCGGUAUUGUGGGACUGGCCAUGCAGAGCUCAUCGUUGCGUCUUUGAAGUUGUUAGAGAAGCUGUCUGCAUCGCCAAAGCUUUCUCACCCACCAAGCACAGGCUUAGGGAGAGGGUCAAAUCGGAACAAGGCACUUGCCGCUCUUGACGAUGAUGCCGAAACAAUUUCAAAGAUCAUGCUGCGUGAGAUGGAAGCGGAUAUUGAUAUCAACCAAGGGCCGGAGUCCUCCUCAUACAUCAUAAAGGUCCAUAUACUGGACUUCCUCAUUGCAUGCCUUCGAGCCACUCCCGGCCAAAUCACAAUUGCCCAUCUUUUACUUGGAUUCCAGUGCGGUCCGGGAAGUCUCAGUGCAGAUGCACAUGGCUCGUUCAGCCGUGGGAUCUCUCUUUUCCAUACAAUCUUGCUCCUCGUAUUGCAAUCGCCUAUAGAGGAUGACACUGGUCCAUCAUCGUGGCUAGUGUCCCUGAAACUGAAGGGCAUGUACGUGCUGAAGGAGCUCUGGAUUUCCCCUCUGUCUUGCAAGUUAGUCAUGUCAGAAAUGCAAGCGAAUGACGCAUUUUUUGACAUGUUUCUCAAAGAAGGAGUAAUUCAACCGGGAAUACUUUGGGACGGCGUAGACAUUGCGGACCCGGUUUUUCCUUCCACACCAGCGGCGACCUGUCUAUCCGAAUAUUUGUGUCGACGCGCCUUGGUGUUACAUUAUCUUUCUGCAGAACUCCGCCAGGUUGUGCGUGACCAUUCUCCAUCACGGAAGCAGCGGAUGUUUGAGACGCUCCUGGGAUCUACAAUACUUGAUGACGGCCAAAAGAUAGACCAUGCAACUAUCUUUGAUUUCUUCGAUUUUAUGGAGCCCGAAUUCAACCCCAGCCCCGUUCAUCCGCAGUUGUCCUGGUUCAGCGAUGUCGACCUCUACGCUUGUCUGGACGACGCACAAGACCCUUCUUCUCAAUUUGAUCUAAGCAAGAUUGAAGAGCUUCUCGUGCUGAGGAAGGCAGAGCUGACACACACUAAGAGAUUGGAAAAUCCACAGGAUGUAGUCUUAGUUAACAACCAGGCCCAGCAACUGCUAGAAUUUUACGCUCAAGAUAACCAGAUAAAGACUCUUACAGCUGCCCGAUUGGCAGUCCUCAAAGCCUGGGUUCAAUUGACUCUAGUAAUGGUUUCAUGUGGCGACUUCGAUGGUCCAGCCAAGAUAUCUUUUGUUUUAAGAGCUCUGCAAGCAAUAAUGCCGAGGCUGGAGAGUGGUCUCGACGUUGUUGACGAAGCUAUGCAGCUGGCGAGCCUUGCAAAGUCUCUACUUUUCAGCAUCGACUUCACCUCCGAUGCUUUCAAGAAGGGCGACACCGGAACCAUGGUGAGCGACAGGCUGUUCCACCUCUUUCAGUUGUCACUUAGAGCAAUCAGCACGCUCGGAUCCAAGGUAGCCCUGAAGGAACAUUACUAUAGCAUAGCCUACCGCUACCUAACGAGCAUGGCAGAUGUGAGAGGCAUCUCUGGGCUUCCACGACGACACAGCAUUCAAACAAUCAAGUCUGCUGGUGAGCGAUUCAUCGACUUUGUAUGCGACGAUGCCCAUGGUGGCGAGGGAACCUGCCGGAUCACCGCAUUGCUUCUUCUCGGGGCAGUGAUCAAGUUGGGGAAGCAAGAGAACUCCAAGUACAUUAUUGAGUCCCUGACCCGUCUUAAUUUUGUCAGCAUUCUUGUGGAGUCUAUCCAGGGCAUGGCGGAUGAUCUACGAGCCACUCCUGUUGAAGAUGUUGAUAUGUAUCUGUCAUAUUGCCACGCCAGACUUUCUCUACUCCUAAAUCUAUCACAGACUCGGUACGGGGCAUCCGCUGUUCUCAAUACAGGACUGUUCCAUUCCGUCAAAGCCUCGGGAUUUUUCGCAAUCGAUCCCGAUUUGGGCGUUGAUAUUGACGGUCCUGGUGCCGUCAGCAAACACUACAACCUGUUGGCCGCCGUGAUGCGUAUCUUAUGCGCCACCAUCUUGAGCCGAGGCUCUCAAAACCAGCAGACCAUAGAGCUUGGGCGGCGAUUCCUAUCAGAAAAUAGAAUCUCUCUCCUUGCAGUCCUCAAAAAGUCUGCAGGACUCGGGGGCGCCGUUAAGGCUUCUAGCCAGAGCAUCGAUGACCUUGCAGAGACAUAUGUGCUGCUUAUGUCGAUCACAGGCUUCAUUGACUUCGAGGAUCAGACGACCGAAAAUCAGCAGGCGGCGAAGAGAGUCUUCACAACAUUCACGUGA